CACACUCACUCACUCUCUCUCUCCUCUUCAUCUUCUUUAAUGUUUCAGCUCCGUCUCUCUUAUUUCUCCUAGUCACCUUUACUCUUUCACUCUCUUCCCAUCUUCUUUUCCUCAAUUUGUUUGUUUCCUUCUUCACCCGUAUCAAAGUCCUAUUCCCAGCCGUUUCCCCUCCCAACUGUUCUGAUUCAUCGCGGCGGCGAAGAAUUCCAUUCUCGGCUCUUGCACUCUGCACCCGCUUCUCCCACUCCAUCUCACAUACCCGGCCGCCAAUUAUCGAGAAUCGGGGGUAAACGGGCCAGAUCUGGCCCUAUUUCGCUAGAUCCGACCAUCAACGAAUAGCCGAAGUGGUAUCAAUCGGUGCUAGUUACCGCCAUGGAGGAGGCACUGGAAUUGGCGCGGGCCAAGGAUACAAAAGAGCGUAUGGCUGGUGUGGAGAGGCUACCCAGCAUCUAGAAGCUUCUCGGCGGAGCUUAAGUUCUACCGAGACGACGGCGCUGGUUGACUGCUGCAUGGAUCUUCAAGGACAAUAACUUCAAGGUCUCUCAGGGCGCGCUUCAGGCUCUGGCGUCGGCUGCCGUGCUUUCCGGUGAGCAUUUCAAGUUGCAUUUCAAUGCGCUUGUUCCCGCUGUGGUCGAGCGGCUCGGCGAUGCCAAGCAGCCGGUUAGAGACGCCGCCAGACGGCUGCUACUCACGCUGAUGGAGUGGAAGUAUGCCAUAGGCAAAAUAAGUGGUUUCUUCACCCACAAUCAUUGUAGAGAGAGCCGGCUCCUAUGCCUGGACCCACAAAGCUGGAGAGUACGUGAAGAGUUUGCUCGAACAGUUACCUCUGCAAUUGGUCUUUUUGCCUCUACUGAGCUACCUCUGCAGCGGGCUAUCCUUCCUCCUAUUCUGCAAAUGUUGAAUGACCCAAAUCCUGGUGUCAGGGAAGCAGCUAUAUUAUGCAUUGAGGAGAUGUACACACAGGCUGGCACUCAAUUUCGUGACGAGCUUCUGCGCCACCAUAUUCCUAUGUCAAUGAUGAAAGAUAUUAAUGCGAGGCUAGAGCGAAUUGAACCUCAUGUACGCUCUGCAGAUGGGCUCUCUAGUAAUUUUGGUGCAAUGGAUGUGAAACCCACUAGUGUUAGUAGCAAAAGAAAUAGUCCAAAGGCAAAGAGUUCCUCUUUCCGUUUUUUGGAGGAGAUUCUGAUGUCACUGAGAAGCCCAUGGAACCAUAUAAAGUUUACUCAGAAAGGAGCUAAUUAGGGAAAUUGAGAAGAUCUGUAUGACCCUUGUUCCGGAAAAGGAUUGGUCCGUACGUAUAGCCGCUAUGCAGAGAGUUGAAGCCCUUGUUUCUAGGAGGUGCCACUGACUACCCUUCUUUCGAGGACUUCUGAAACAACUUGUUGGGCCUCUAAGUACUCAGCUAUCUGAUCGAAGGUCCAGCAUAGUGAAGCAAGCCUGUCACCUGUUAUGCUUCUUAUCAAAGGACUUUUGGGUGACUUCGAACCAUGUGCGGAGAUGUUCAUUCCUGUCCUUUUCAAGCUGGUGGUGAUUACUGUACUUGUAAUUGCAGAAUCAGCAGACAACUGCAUAAAGACAAUGUUACGUAACUGCAAAGUUAUCCGCGUGCUUCCUCGCAUAGCAGACUCUGCUAAAAAUGACCGAAGUGCUAUACUCCGGGCAAGAUGUUGCGAGUAUGCAUUAUUGAUCCUUGAACACUGGCCCGACGCUCCAGAAAUACAACGGUCAGCUGAUCUUUAUGAGGAUUUCAUUAGGUGUUGUGUUUCGGAUGCAAUGAGUGAGGUGCGAUCUACUGCAAGAAUGUGCUACAGAAUGUUCGCAAAAACUUGGCCGGAGCGUUCCCGUCGUUUGUUUUCAUCCUUUGACCCUGUUAUUCAGCGAAUUAUUAAUGAAGAGGAUGGUGGCUUGCAUAGGAGACAUGCGUCGCCUUCCGUUCGAGAUAGAAGUGCAACAAGUUCAUAUUCAUCACAAGUGCAUGCUGCUUCAAAUUUACCUGGAUAUGGAACUUCUGCCAUUGUUGCAAUGGAUAGAACCUCCAGCUUGUCCUCUGGGACAUCGCUGUCAUCUGGGCUGUUGCUGUCACAGGCAAAGUCUCUUGGUAAAGGCACUGAACGGAGUCUAGAAAGUGUUUUGCAUGCAAGUAAACAAAAGGUCACUGCAAUCGAAAGCAUGCUUAGAGGCUUGGAGAUAUCUGACAAACAAAAUCCUUCAGCUCUUCGGUCAUCCAGUUUGGACCUAGUGCAGGAGUUGACCCUCCAUCAUCUCGUUAUCCGCCAUUCCCAGCUUCAAGUAAUCUCACUAGCUCAUUUCCUGUGGACUCAACCGUCUCUAGUAUCAGUAAAGGUGGGAACCGCAAUGGUGGCUUGAUCUUGUCUGAUAUUAUUACUCAUAUUCAAGCUUCCAAAGAAUCUGCCAAGCUAUCAUAUCGCAGUGGGGUGGUGGGUGAAUCUGCACCUUCAUUUUCAUCUUACACAGCUCGGAGGUCUUCUGAAAGGUUGCAAGACAGAGGUUUGAUAAAUGAGAAUAAUGACAUCCGGGAGGCAAGGCGCAUUAUGAACCCACAAAUUGACAGGCAAUACCUUGAUACACCUCACAAAGAUGUGAACUUCAGGGAUUCACAGAAUAGUCAUGUUCCAAACUUCCAAAGGCCACUUCUGAGAAAGCAUGUGGCUGGGGAUGUCUGCUGGUAGGAGAAAAAGUUUUGAUGAUAGCCAACUUUCCCUUGCGGAGAUUGCAAAUUAUUCUGGAGGUCCAGCCUCUCUUGGUGAUGCACUUAAUGAGGGACUAAGUCCAAGCUCUGACUGGAAUGCUAGAGUUGCAGCUUUCAGUUACCUCCGAUCUUUGCUGCAGCAGGGCCCUAAAGGCAUUCAGAAGUUAUCCAGAACUUUGAGAAGGUUAUGAAGUUAUUUUUCCAGCACUUAGAUGAUCCCCACCAUAAGGUGGCACAGGCAGCUCUGUCAACGCUGGCAGAUAUUAUACCUGCUUGCAGGAAGCCUUUCGAAAGUUACAUGGAAAGGAUCUUGCCCCAUGUUUUCUCUCGACUAAUUGAUCCCAAGGAACUAGUUAGGCAACCUUGUUUAACUACCUUGGAUAUUGUUGGCAAAACUUAUGGUGUUGACACCCUCUUACCAGCACUACUUCGUUCACUGGAUGAACAACGAUCACCAAAGGCCAAAUUGGCUGUCAUUGAGUUUGCUAUUGGCUCCUUUAACAAGCAUGCAGUGAACUCAGAAGGCGCUGGCAACACUGGCAUUCUGAAGUUAUGGCUUGCUAAGUUGACUCCGUUGUCCCAUGAUAAAAACACUAAGCUGAAGGAAGCAGCUAUUACAUGCAUUAUAUCAGUCUAUUCCCACUUUGAUUCCUCUGCUGUCCUCAAUUUUAUACUUUGUUUAUCUGUGGAGGAGCAAAAUUCCUUGAGAAGAGCCCUUAAACAGUAUACUCCCCGUAUCGAAGUGGAUCUAAUGAAUUUCUUGCAGAACAAGAAAGACCGACAGCGGUCAAAGUCAGCAUAUGAUCCAUGUGAUGUUGUCGGAACAUCUUCAGAGGAAGGAUAUAUUGCUGCAUCAAAGAAGAGUUAUUACCUUGGCAGGUAUUCCGGUGGUUCGAUUGAUAGUGAUGGUGGCAGGAAAUGGCAUUCCACUCAAGAGUCAGCGCAGGUCACAGGAAUUAUUGGUCAAGCUACUUCUGAUGAAACUCAGGAGUCCUUGUAUCAGAAUUUUGAGGCUAGUGCUGUUGUUGAUGAUAGUAAUGAUCUAAAAUCUAGAGAUUUGAGUUACAUGGUCCAUAACCCAUCUAUGAGUCGAACAUGGGAUCCCAGUCUGGUCACUUGGAAAGCUUGGACAGUGACUUGA